AUGAGUUUUAAGGAUAAUGAUUUGGUGACAAAUUUUAGGAUUAGAAUAACCAAGUUUAGCACUGUUCUAGCGUGGAUUUUAGAAAUAUUGAUACUUCACAAAAAAGGCGUUGGAACCAACAAAAAAGGCGUUGGAACCAACAAAAAAGGCGUUGGAACCAACAAAAAAGGCGUUGGAACCAACAAAAAAGGCGUUGGAACCAACAAAAAAGGCGUUGGAACCAACAAAAAAGGCGUUGGAACCAACAAAAAAGGCGUUGGAACCAACAAAAAAGGCGUUGGAACCAACAAAAAAGGCGUUGGAACCAACAAAAAAGGCGUUGGAACCAACAAAAGACUUUGGAAACCCAAAAAAAAAACGAACGUCUCACUAAACAAGAAUCUUCCAUCAAGAAACCGUUUCAGUGCCGCUCAGGUCAAUGGUUUGCAAAUGUCCAAUUAG